CGGUUCAGCGGCGGAGACGGAGGAGGGAGGGAGGCCGGCCAUGCCGAUGCACAAGGUGCCUCCGCGUCUGUGGGACGCGCUGCGGCUGGAGCGAGGCCUCGCCGCCCGGCUCCCGGCUCACAUCCGGCGCGUUCUGCGGGAAGAGGCCUGCCCUUCCCCGACUUCCACGGCGCCCGCCGUCCACUGGCGCCCGCGUGGGGCCCGCUUCGUCCCGCCUUACGAGGGCGCCCCCCUGUGGAAGAGGCAGCGCGUGCAGGACGUGCCCGUGGAGCCCUACCUCCCACCCGAGAGCCAGGAGGGCCUGUGGGGCGGAGAGGGGUGGGUCUCCGGCUUCCGCUAUGCCAACAACGACAAGCUCUCAGCCCGAGUGAGGAAGAUCUGGAAGCCGCAGCUCUUCUACCGGGAGCUGUACAGUGAGAUCCUGGAUCGGAAAUUCACCGUCACGGUCACAAUGCGGACACUGGACCUCAUCGAUGCCGCCUUCGGGCUGGACUUCUACCUCCUGAAGACACCGAAGGCUGAACUGUGCUCCAAGCUGGGCAUGGACCUGAAGCGCACACUGCUGCUGCGCCUGGCCAGGAAAGACCCUGCCCUGCACCCAGAGGAUCCCGCCCGUAGGGAGGCCAUCUAUGCCAAGUACAAGGAGUUUGUAAUCCCAGAGGAGGAGGCCGAGUGGGUCGGCCUGAGCUUGGAAGAAGCUUUGGAAAAGCAGCGGCUCCGGGAGAAGAAGGAUCCCGUUCCCCUCUUCAAAGUCUAUGCAGAAGAGCUGGUGCAGCAGUUUCAGGAACAGAGGCUCUCGGAGUCUGCUGAAGGCCAGAAGCCCUGAGAGGAGUAGCCCCUUUGGACUUGGUGGACUUCUCGUUCUCUUUGGAUUCAGUGGAAUGGGAUGAUGCUGUAGAGCAUGGCUGGAUCCGGGACUGUCUGCGUGGGGCUUGUGGUGGAAGGAAGGAGUGGGGCCUUUCAAAGGGGGGAAGUGUGGCAAAGGGCUCACACCUGAGGUAGGACCUGCUGUCCUGAGCAGCCCUUGAGUGGCAGCACCAAUAAAAACAAUCUUGCAAUCACA